AUGCACUGGUUGAAGCAUGGUGACCUGAAUACAAAGGUGUUUCAUAGCAGUUUGAAAGCAAGAAGGAGAGCUAACCGCAUAUUCACUGGGCCCGUUGUGACAAGGGAGGAAAGGGAUAUGUUGGAGAAGGAUGUUGAGGUUGAUGAAACCAAACAAGCACUAUGGGGCAUAGAUGGGAUAAAGCGCCGGGACCUGAUGGCAGCGAUCCAGGAAUUCUUCAGGGCUGGAAAGAUGCUGAAAGUAUGGAAUCAUACCUUGAUCACGUUAGUUCCUAAAUCUGACCACGCAGAAAGUGUCACUGAAUACCGACCAAUCGCUUGCUGCAACACCAUCUAUACAGUGAUAUCGAAGCUGCUCACAAACAGAUUAAAGGAAGUAUUGCCUAAUAUCAUUUCUGAUAAUCAAAGUGCAUUUGUAACUGGAAGAACAAUUGUCCAAAAUAUACUUAUUAGUCAAGAUAUUGUGAGGAUGUACAAUAGAAACCAAUGCAAGAAGAGUUUGUUUGAUUAA